UGCAUUGCUGGCUAUCAGCCAUCGGUUUGUUCGUUUUCUUUUAUAAGCCCUUUGUCUACUGAGAAAGACCAAACACCCAGUUUCAGUUUGUUCAAUAUCACACUGAUUCAUAACACUUUUUUUAUAUAUAUAUAUUUUCUUUUUGUUGGGUUUUUCCCUUUCUAUCUUCUUCUUCUUCUUCUCUUUUUACUUGCAACAAAAAGGAAAGGGAAAGGGAAAAAGGAAGAGUGUAGAAAAGAGAAAAAAGAACGAAGAACCCAAAGUGAAAUAGGAAUCCAAUCAAUCUGGAGUGUUGAUUUGAUGGAUCUGUAGAUCAAACGCUUUAAAAAAACUUCACAUGUAUUGCUCUGUUUCUUUUAGAUCUCCAUCGUUUUCAUCUGCUAUCAUUCAGUAGCUGAAGCCAAAACAGUACAAAACAGCCUAAUUCUGCUGGGAGGAGACUGGUGGGGGUUUUUUGAUUAAGUAAUACUUUUCGGUGGAUAUUUGCAUCCAAUUUUGGAUGUUGAGGAGCAAUUGGAGGCUGGCCCGGGGGAGAUGAGGGAUGUUAUCAAGGUUGGUCAACUUUCUGAGGGCCUGCUUGCGGCCGUCCUCGGACCGUUAUGCCCAAAAAGGUUCGGAUGCAGCAGGCCGGCAAGACGGGCUCCUUUGGUACAAAGACAGUGGGCAGCACUUGGUUGGUGAAUUUUCCAUGGCUGUUGUCCAGGCUAACAAUCUGCUUGAGGAUCAGAGCCAGAUUGAAUCUGGCUCUUUGAGCACUCUUGAGUCUGGUCCAUAUGGCACCUUUGUAGGAAUAUACGACGGUCAUGGUGGCCCUGAGACAUCGCGUUUCAUCAAUGAUAACCUGUUCCAGCAUCUAAAGCGGUUCACCACAGAGCAGCAGUCAAUGUCUGUGGAUGUCAUAAAGAAAGCAUAUCAAGCAACAGAAGAGGGAUUUUUCUCUCUUGUUACCAAACAGUGGCCUAUGAAGCCCCUAAUUGCAGCUGUUGGAUCGUGCUGCCUGGUUGGUGUCAUUUGUAAUGGGACCCUUUACAUUGCUAACCUUGGCGAUUCUCGUGCUGUGCUGGGAAGGGCUGUCAAGGCAACUGGGGAUGUUCUUGCCAUCCAGCUGUCAGCAGAGCAUAAUGUAGGAAUAGAGUCUGUCAGGCAAGAGAUGCAUUCUUUGCAUCCUGAUGACUCUCAUAUUGUAGUUUUAAAACAUAACGUAUGGCGUGUAAAGGGCCUGAUACAGGUUUCUAGAUCUAUUGGUGAUGUUUAUCUUAAAAAGGCUGAAUUCAACAGGGAACCUCUAUAUCAAAAGUUUCGUCUUCGUGAACCUUUUAAAAAGCCAAUUUUGAGCUCUGAACCGUCAAUAUCUGUGCAUGAACUCCAACCUCACGAUCAGUUUCUCAUAUUUGCUUCUGAUGGGCUCUGGGAACAUCUCAGCAAUCAGGAUGCAGUUGAUAUAGUUCAAAAUCAUCCUCGAAAUGGAACUGCUAGGAGGCUUGUGAAGGCUGCAUUGCAGGAAGCUGCUAAAAAGAGAGAAAUGAGAUACUCAGAUUUGAAGAAGAUUGACCGAGGUGUACGCCGGCACUUCCAUGAUGACAUCACAGUUGUAGUUGUAUAUCUUGAUUCAAAUCUUGUGAGCAAAGCCAGCUCAGUGAAAGGCCCUUCAUUAUCCCUGAGAGGAGGCGGAGUUAACCUGCCUGCAAAAACUCUGGCUCCCUGUGCCACACCAAUGGAACUCAAUAUCAGUUGAUGAGGUUGGCCCCCACAUACUGUUGUAUCUAGUGCAGGAUUCUUCUCUGAACUUCCCAUGGUACGAUCGGUUCUCAUAAUGCAAGAGAGGAGAAGGUGCAGUCCUUUAAUUAAUUUUUAAUUUUUUAAUGUACAAUGUAACAUUUUAACUUGAGACAUAUUCUAUUUAGUUUAUAAGCUCUUCGAGCUUGAAAGGAAAGAAUCAGAAAAAUAGAGCUGCAAAGGUGACAAAACGAAGAUUCUUUCUUUAGGACGAUCUUCUCUAUGCAUUCAUUUCACUAUAUGUGCUCACAUUCUGGAGGUUUUGGGUUUCUGUAAAUUAUGUUGACAUCCCUGAAUAUCAAAAUUCCUAUAAUUGUUGUUUGCAUGUUGCAGUAAUUUCAGUUUAUGUUCUAGCC